AAAGAUUUGCUCGCGGCGGCGUGAAGAAUAUGACAGUUGCAGCAUACAUGCGACUGCUUCACUUGUUGUUACAGUAAUCAAUGAAAUCGUAUAGACUACCGUCGAUGGAAUAAGUUUAUUGUGUAGUUGCUAUCAUUUGUUUUUCAUUGUGUUGGUAUUAUUUCGUGACAUAUCAACCCCAAUGGAGUCAUGGAGCUGGUUGUGUCAAUGAAACUUUUGAGGACAUAUUUUUGCAGGUGGACUGCUGCAAAGUUACAGACAGCGAAUUCUUCAUUUCCAGUUUAGUCCUCGUAAGCUAGAGAAAGGCUUUGGCUAUGAAUAGGAGUAGAUCGUUGAGGGCCAUUCCUUCCGAAAGAGAGGAUCUGAGUGAAGAGCAACGCUCCACCUCACAUCCAAACCUUGGUACGACUUUGGGAUCAUCUCACAUGAGGCCUAAAUCUAAUGUAGAUGAUCUCAGAAGGAAAAUAGUUCGGUUAAAUAAAGAAUUAGAAGAAGAAAGAAUUUAUGUCAGGCAACUUAGAAGAGAGAAAUCCGUAGAUUUGAAGCAUGCAAAGGAGGAAGAGCAAAGACGAUCAAUGACUCAACAAACUGAACUUAGAGCAAAACUUCACAAAGAGAAAKCCAACGAACUGGCGGCACUCAGAGAGCAUCUUCACARAGAAAAGGAAAAGGAGAUAAUUCAAACCAUAAAACAGAAAGACGAAGUAUUCAAAGCAGCUCAGUCAGCAUGGCAUAAAGAAAGGGAAGAACUGCGUAUUAGAAUUCGAAGCGAAGUCUGGAGCGACGCGCGCGAAGAAUCUAGAAAGGAAUUUGAUCGUGAACGAACCAAACUCGAGCAAGACAUUCUUGACCUGCAAAUGCAGAAAAAGGAAUUAGAAGAGGCUUUAAAAAUCGUGCAAGAAUCAGAUAAACGAAAAGCAGACGAUAUACGAAGACUUUUUCACGAACACGAUGUAAAUAUGGAAAAAUUCAAACGGAAUUCAUGGCAGGAAAGCCGUCGCCAGAUGGCCGAAAUCCGUCAACUUCUAAACAUUAUUGAACAACUAGAGCGUAAACUUGGAUUAGACUCAGGGCACAUCAACAAAUUAAGGAUGGAAAAAGAAAGCUUGUAUGAUGAAUUGAGACAAAAAACUAGCACGUUUGAUGCAUGGGACAGCAUGAUGUCUACUUCAAAGUGUGAUCAUGAUGGAAGCUCGGAUUCAAAGUAUCAUAAUGCCAAUCAGGAAAUACGAACACUGCAAAGAAAAAACAUUGAGCUUAGUUCACUAGUGAAAAAACUUGAUGAAAGAAACCAGCAGCUAGCAACAAGGAACACAGAACUGGUGUCAGAGCUUGAGCGAUGUGAAAAAGAAGCAAGAGACAAGAAUAGAAAACUAGAGAAGAAAAACUUGGACUUGAAUCAAAAUGUCAAAAAACUUGAAAGCAGGAAUAAAGUUUUACUGGAUGAGAUAAAUGCAUUGAAAAAGAAAAAUGGAGCAGCCAGUACUAGUAAAGAUGGCAAGAAAGCUGUACGUUCAAGAGGACAAACUACUGGUUCAUCAGAAAAUGCAGAGGUUGUAGCAUUGAAAGACCAAAUCAAGGACCAUGCAAAGACUAUUGAAGAACUUAAACAGAACCUUUUGGAAAAAGAAAGACGAAUUGAUCUUUUGAAGGAAAGGAAGAAAACUGGAAAGAAACCAAAAUUGGGGCGCAGUGUAAUUGAUGCAGGAUUGCAGCCUGAUCAAGAUGAUAUCUCAUCUGUUGUUUCAGAUGUCAGUGAUCUGUCAGAGAUUUCAUCUGAUUCGAAUUCUGAUGUGAACAAGAUCAAGAAACUGACAAAAGAACUGCUAGCUUUAGAGAGAGCCUAUGCAAUCUUGCAAGCACAAGUGGGUAGUACUGUUGAUGUAGAGAGAGAUGAAUUGGAGCGCCAACAACUCCAGUCUGACUUGAUAGAGAGCCAGGCUAGGAUACAUGAGUUGGAAAGAAUGAUGGACAGUAACCUGCAGGGCGGUACAGAAGAACUACAAGAAUUGCAGCGAGAUAACCAAGUUCUCUAUCAAAAGCUUGUUGCUGCCGAGACAGAACGAGAUGAAGUGCUAAGUGAGCUCUCAAAGAACACAGAGGACUUGAAAGAUCUUCAGGAUAAGAAAGAUCUUUUAGAAUUUGAAUUGGAAGAAAUGUCCCAGCUUUCUUUCGCUGGUUCAGAAGAUGAGUUACCACUUCGUAAAGUCAAAGAUGACAAGAAACUGCCUCUAUCUCUCGAAGAAGUGAAGGCCCAGCUAGAACAACUAGAAACUGAAAAAUCGGAUGUAUUCAGUGAUGUUCAGGUUGAAGCUCUGAGACAAGCACGAACUAGCCUCACUUCAAUGCCACAGAAAAUCAGUCACCUUGAAGCUACAGAAGCGAUCUUAAGAUCAAAAGUUAAAGAUCUUGAAGAAAGGGAUACACGCGGUACGGGCAUUGAUUUCGAGUUGGAUGAGAAUCUUAAGGACAUUUCUACAAGAGAUGACGCAAGCCAACACGCCAAGGAAACCAGUACUGAUAUUACUCUUGAUGACAUGGCGUAUUUUGAAGACCUUGAGAUCAAACACCACGAAAUGAUGGUUCAAAUAAAGAAAGGUAAUGAUAUGAACAGUCAUACCGCUCAAGUUAACGACACGUUUUUAGAUAAAAAUGGAAAAACCAAAACAAAUGAUCAGCAAACAACAACUGAUAUUGCAUCAGACGACAUGACCUUCUAYGAGCAGCUGGAGAUGGAAAAGUGGCAUGAAAUGCCUUGUGUUGUGCGGGAAAACAUUUCCCUUUCUUCCUCUGGAGUUUUAAAUCAGGGAUUUCAAAGAAAUGUUGUUUCUUUUAAUAACGCUACUUCUGACCAUUCAACAAUGACAGAACUUWCUUUAGAUGACUUGAAUCAUUUCGAAACAACUGAGAAAGAAAACCAGRAACUCUUAAAAGAGAAACAACGCUGGGAUGCUUCACUGCACAGCGAUGAAGAAGCUGUCAAAAUCAGUAUGACCAAUGGUGAUUACGAAAUAUUAGUAUUAGAAUGUAAUGAACUGAGGUUAGAAAACGAGCGUAUCAAGGGAUUGUUUGCAAAAAUGACAGAUCAACAGAAAGAUUUGCAAGAUAAAGACAUUGAAACUGAGCUUAGMUCAGAGGACAUUGACAAUUUUGAGAAUUUAGAGGCUACAUUGAAGAAUUUAAAAUUACAAACUAGWGAAGAAAUUGACAUAAUGAUUAAAGAACUCGAUGAGUCGAAUAAGCAAAAGUACUACAUGGAAUCUCGUCUCAAAGAAGUUGAGCUAGUACAUCGGAAAUGUAUUGAAAAACAGAAAAGCUGUUUAGAGAAAGGAGUCGAAACUGAGAUAACUCUUGAUUAUUUGUCAAACCUUGAGAAUAAGAGCACAGAAUUAGGAACUGAUAUUGGUAUUUGUACUGAUUUAACAUUGACAGAGAUUUAUUAUUUAGAAGAAAUUGAGUCUGUACAUAACGAAUACUGCAUGACAUCGGCAGACACUGAUAGAUCGAGUAGGACURAUGAGAAGGGUGUGGUCACUGAGUUAAAAUCAUCAGUAGUAGAUUACCUAGAGGAGKUGGCUACUACACAUCAACAAAUCGUCACAGAGUACGAGGCGUUUAGAAAAUCCGUUACUAAAGACACGAAUGAUUGCAGCGCAAUGACAGAAAUGACAGGAGAGCAUCUAGACUACCUUGAUGAAAUGGCAUUAAAAAGCGAAGAACUUGAAAAUAUGCUGAUCGAAGUAACAGAGGAAGCAAAGUUAAAACAAUAUGAGCUUGAAGCUAACAAAGCUAAAACCAUGCUGUCAAAAGAGCUGAUGACUGAUUUAUCACUAUCUGAUAUCAGAACUCUAGAGAGUCUGAGRCAAGAACAAAAUCAAAGCAGAAAGUCUUCCAAACUUAGUAGGUCUGGUUACGAGUGUUUACUUGAUAUCGACAGUACGGUGAGACGCCAUGAUAUUGCACUUAUGACAGAAUUGACAAUAGAUAAUUUAAAGACAUUAGAGAACUCAGAUUCUCUCUACACGGAUCUAAAACGACGAGGUGUACUUUCUCGGCUCGAGGAUCUUGACAAACCUACAACGGAACACUCAGUAAUCACUGACCUGCUGUCCACGAACAUCGAUCAUUUUGAACAUAUCAAAAGUCUGUACAAUGAAAGUGAGCGACGCAAAGAUAAUAACAAAGACAAGGAAACAGAAACAGAAAUCUGUCUGACAGACUUGAAGCGUCUAGAGAAAAGAGCAAACAAGAAUGACAGUGAAGCAUUUGUUCCCCUAUUGGAAACUAGUGAAGCUGUGUUCGGAUCAUGUCCACGAGAAAGGAGAGGUCGARGUGGCCGUUACGKUGACCGCAAUGAUUUCGAUGGAAGUCGUGAUGUCAAAAGUGCUGAUAUUGGAAUACAAUGUGACUUAAAGGAUAUGAAUUCAUCYAUUCGGGAACAGCAGCGGGAAGAUGGCAACGUUGAGUGGUACUUGUCAUCCCUUAAGGUUAAGAGAGAAAAUCAAGAAGGAUUUGAUCCCGUCGAGGUUACUUUAAAAAGUGACAGAAAGUCAUCGACUCCUGACGUYAGAGGUCGCGAACAUGGCGAUAAACGCCACUCCUUUGUGGACAGUAAAGGCAACACGACRAAUGCAUCGUUAGACUAUGGCUGGCAGUCAACGAUGAGUUUAGACGCCAGUGGACUAGAAAGAACAUUAAACAAAGGGUAUGCACUUGGUCGAUGGGAUUCUCCUCGCGUACCCCUGGCACAAGACGAAGUUUUUGACUUAUCUGAUAUCGAGAGCGCUACUAGUGAAGAAAACCUUGUAACCCCUCCUCGAAAGGAAAGCGCGGUGACUAAGUUUGAUCGUUUUAUGAUGGCAAGAAAAGAAUCUGAGAUAGAGUUAUUGGCCAAUUUAAGAGAUAAAUCAGACCAUGUUGAUGGACAGGGCCCGAAGAUACCUAGGAGUAUAUUGGACGAUUUACGGAAAGAAAAUGAACAACUUAAAAGCAGAAUCCUAGAGCUUGAACUACUGGUGAGCCAGAAAGGUGACUUGAGCGAUGAAGAACUUCUUCUCUUAAAACAGAAGAUACAACAGUUACAAGACGCAGAGAAGCAAAUGGAAGAGYUUCACAUGCAUAACAGUGCACUUAAGGACAGAAUCAACCAGCUCCAAGACGAUAAAUCAUCGUCUGGUGCUUCGACAUCAAGAACUGUGCAAGACAAUUGGUCUGAUCGAAGUGAAGGAAGGACAAGAUUGUUGCUUGUUCAAGACUGGGGACUAGAUGACACUGAUCUUCAGAGCUUGUUCUCUGAAAGAGACGGAGCGGUCUCUCCAGCGGAGAGCCUGGAAAGUAGCGCAUUGCGUCGAUUAGUUGAUGAAUACGUGAAGUCUGACUUCGCAGCCCAAGCUGGAUCAGGACCAGGUAUAAGCCAGGAAAUCCAAACCACUGGCGAUUUGCUGAAGCUGAUUGACCUUUCUUAUGAUGGCACCAUACCGGACCAUAUAGCUAAGGAACUGGAAAAUUUAAAAGCAGAAAACAAAGAGUUGUAUCAGGAACUUUUACAAUUAAGAAAACUAAAGCUGGAAAAUUCCAAGUCACGAGAGUCUAACUGUGACACCAUUGAAGAACCAAUCACAUCUAGUGUCCAGACCACCUCGGAAUCGCAGUAUGACUGGAUGGAUAAACUGGGUGUUGUUGGUCAGGCUGCCCCACCACAGCAACCAAUAGCAAUUAUUGACGAGAGUCUGUUUGAAGAACAUCUUCCACUACCGAAACAACGUCAAUAUACACGAAGUAGAAUUCGUGAGCCUGAAAUAAAGACGUCAAGGUCACCACGUGAUGCUUCUGCCGACAUUGACCGUGGACUUAAACAUCUAAGUGAAAUGGAUGACGUCCUUAAUGUGGUCGAUACUGCUGACAUCUUGGACUAUGAUGUGAACCACGGUUCCCCCCCUGAAAUUGCACCUCCGCCUAUCCCAAGUGAACCUCCCCCCGACAUUGAUCAUAUGGAAACAACCUAUGAUCCUGUAUUUGAUAAUUCACCACUUCGCGAUUCCAGAGCACUAAGAGCUGCCUCCAGAUCAAAGAACCAGCCUGCAAGAACAGAAACAAACAUACAACCAAAUCACCCUGAURAUACAGAUAUUCCACCAGCACUACGUGUCUCGCAGACACCAAACAGAACAAUAACGCCUAAACCAGGACCUCCACCAACACUACCCAAACCUAAAAUGACUGGUCCAGGGGGAGGGCGAAGGCAGCAGGGCGGUGCACUUAGACCUGGUCUGCUGGCCACAACUUUAAACAGAUCAAACGAGUCUUUAACUGAAGAAGAGAAUGUCGGCCUGACACCACGUGGGUAUGUACGUGCCGCAGCAUCAGCUAUCAAUCAAGGUGAAAUCGAUGCACUCGGUGAAAAGAUCAACUUCUUGGAAAAACAGCUCAAGAACAAAGAAGGCGUGAUCCGCUCCAUGAAGACCGAAGCAACUGAGAUAGAAAACAAGGCUUUGGUUGAACGGAAAGACAGAGAAAUUAAAAUCUUGGAGGACGAUGUAGCCUUCCUUAAACAAGAGAAUCAAAAGAAGGAGCGAGAGUUACUUGUUAAGAUUGGUGAAAUCAACAGAAAGAAUUACGAGGUGGAUCAGUGGAAGGCUGAAGCAACCAAUGCUGAAAAACAACGAAAACGCAUUGAAACAUCCUACAUGAAUUUACAGACGCAAACCAGAAACUUACAUGGUGCAAACAAUAAAUUGACUGAUGUACAAACUAAGUGCACCUCCUUAGAGAAGGAAAAWACACAGUUACAAGAUAAAGUCAAUAAACUUGAAAAAACGGAAAAAGAAUUUAAACAAUUAGAAUAUAAUAUCUCCGUCCUACAGAAUCAUCUCCAAGAUAUGGAGAGUGUCGAGAAGGAACGAGAUGAGCUAAUGGAUCGGCUCAAGAUGGCCGAAAGCCAACGUGAUGACCUACUCAAGAAGGGAAGAAUGGUUGAAUCUGAAAGAAAUGACUUUUUACGUAGUAAUAAAAUAAUGGAGAUGCAACGGGAUGAACUUGAACAACGUUAUGCUAUGGCACAUGAAGAACUUAUGAAUCUUAAAUCAACGGCUGGUGACUUGGAGCAUUCCAUCAAAGAAGCUGAGAACAGCUCUAUAGACGCAAAGCACGAGCGAAACUACCUCCAAACACAGUACAAAAAACUUGAAAGCGAGAAAAUCGACCUGGAGCAAAAAUUAAAUGCUGUGUCGAAGGAGAGAAAUGCUUUGGAGACACGUCUGGCAGAACUAGAAGACCGUAACAGGGAAUACCUCAAGCUGGAAGAUGGUUUUCAUACACUUCGACUWAAGGUUGCUGAGCUUACAAGACAAAGAGACAAUUUUGAAACGCAGAUACCAACGCUUAAGGCUAAAGUAGCUCUACUCAAAAAGGCUUGCAAGGAAAAAGACGAGUUUAUUGAUAAAUUGAAUGAAGAGAAUCGUGAUUUACGACACGCAAUAGCCACUUCAACUCUUGAUGAUUUAUCUAAGAUAAAGAGUUAUGGAUAUAGUCCCAGCUAUGUCAAGUAUUCUGGCAAAAAGGGCAUGAAGCGAUUAGAGGAAGUAAAAAGUCCAAGAGCAAAAAGUAGUUCUCGUAUGUCUUCAUUUCCCAAAGGAUGCGUUGCAUUAUUUGAUUAUAACCCUCAAGCAGCGAGUGUGUCAGGACAACCUGACAAGGAACUGACUUURAAGGAGGGUGAUCAACUGACUUUGCUUGGCGAUAUGGACAUAAACGGUUGUUAUGAGGCAGAGCUCAAUGGYGUCAAAGGACUAGUACCCGGUCUCUACAUAGAAGAAGUUGAGGAAGGUCUGAGUUCUAAUCAAGUUGAUAAACAAAGGAAACCCUUAGCAAAUGACAACAGCGAGGCGGCMAAUGGCCGGCAAAGUAUGUCUCCUUGUUCRACGGCUUCUGACCUUGAUAUUCGUAAGCAGCGUUUCAUUGCACUCUUUGACUAUGAUCCUUACCAGUCAUGCACGACAGGACAGCCUGAGUUAGAUUUACCCUUCAAGAAAGGUGAUAUCUUGAUCGUGUACGAUGAUAUGGAUGCUCAUGGCUAUUAUCGUGCGGAAAUGAAUGGUCAGACUGGUUUGGUACCUUGCAACUUUGUAGAAGAGGUAUCUUCGCCAACAAAUCUUCAGCCGACAUCAAGUAGCUCUACUACUGCCCCAAGACAAAUCCUAUCUAUGUUUGACAAUAUCAAAGUAUCUGUUCCUCAACGUCCAGCUCUAGGGACCACUUUACCUAUGCCUGCCCCAAGUCGGCCAACGCCUGUCUCUAUCAGCCAUCCCCCUGUCGGUUUUGUGUCAUCUAAUCAAUUGGCUGCACUGCCUGUUCCCGCUCAUCCUGAACGACCAAAUCACAUGGACCACAGCCUUCCGUCGACCAAUGGCGUAAUACCACCAAGUCACGUGGCUCAACCAUUGGCUGUCGCGACUCCUCGAAGAGAACAGUCGGUUAAACCAAUCUUUACUCCUUACAUGACACCAGCGGAAGUACACAAACUAGCAGCACCAAUUGUGAAGUCACAUGACACACGAAGAUCGCCGAGAUCACCGCCAAACCAACCGAUGACAUCACCACCUCGAAUCACGUCAGAAGUACAGAACAAUACCUUGAAACCUGUGAAUAAACCUAAACCUCGUCAAUCCAAGRCAACGGUAUCUCGAGCACUAGCUGGAGGAUCACGUGGCCCACCAAAACCUCCAUUCAAUCUCCACGUCAUUCGAACUGUCAAUCAUGACGCCAUCUUGCUAGGUUGGGUUUUACCAGAAAUGGACGAGUUUGGACGAAGUAACGGAACGACUGUCAAGGGCUACAAGGUUCUUGUGAAUGGUGACUACAAAAUGGAUGUUCGAAGUCAGUUCAUGACGAAGGCGUUAGUUGAUGAUCUUGACCUUCGAUAUCCUAUCCAGUUUUCUAUAUGUACUAUAGGAGAGGGUAGUACGCUAUCACCAGAGACAUCUACUACCUUUACCGAUACCAUUAACAAUUCAAGGAUGUCGAUUGGUAGAGCCAUUGAGGGUACUAUUGGCAAUGUGGAUCAAUGUCGCACAUUUGUAGCUCUUUACGACUACAAUCCAUUGAAAAGCUCCCCAAAUGCGAACCCACAAUACGAACUAGAGUUCAACGAAGGAGACAUUCUACGGGUUGAAGACACGUCCAGAAAAGAUGGUUUUUAUUUCGGGACUUUGAAUGGGAAAAAAGGACUUAUUCCUUCCAACUUCAUCGAGGAAGUGGCCGUGGCUAAAACUCAUGGGCCUUCCUCAUUGGCUCGUAAGCAUCGUGAMUCACCACAGUUAAUUACUAAUGCUACACCUUCACCACGACAUCGGAAGAAAAUGAUCGCUUUGUAUGACUACAACCCUAAACUACAGUCUCCUCUCAAAAACUCCGACUCUGAACUUUCAUUCAGGAAAGGACAGUCCAUCACAGUAGUGGGACCAUUGAACAAAGAUGGCUUUUACGAUGCAACCAUCGAUGGACGUCAAGGACUAGUACCUGCUAGUUUUCUUGAAAGCAGUUUAGAAUUAACACAGUCAAGUCAAARAUUGCCACGUAGUUCGUAAGAAAUAUCGAAUAUAAAUAUUUAUUGCAAAAUAAUUUAUUUGAUUAUUUAUGAUAGGAGAAUAUCGCUUGUAUUUAGUGUACAUACAUAUAUCUGAUAUAUUGAUAUAAAGUACAAAUUAUACCAAUUGAGAAGCGAAUAUUUGGUUUGCCGUUAAAUGCACUGUCGCACUGUUUGUAUUAUCAUUUUUGGAAUAAUUGUCAACUGACAUAAAUAAAAAUAAACCAAUAAACUCAUGUAUCGAGAAUUGCU